GAAACAGAACAGGAAUGGCUAAAAGCUAACCUUGUAGGAAAAAUGGUCAUUUGAUGUGUCAGUAUUAGCUGUGUUGUAACCUAUGUAAACAUAGUUUGUAAGCCAAUUAUCAGAGGUGGAAACGUUAAGUACAUUUCCUCAAGUGUUGUACUUACUGUGCCUGUUCCAGUGUCGGCUCUGUAGCUGCUGUGAAAGUGAUGCUGUAAUGAGGUACAGAGGAGCUCAGAUGUGUCUGUGGGCUCAUGGCUCAUGCUGUCUGUCUCGAUUUUCCCUACCUGGAUCUUUGUCUGGCAGAAUUACUCUGAUCCGAACCCACACUACUCACCGUAAGCCUGUCCCCUUCCCACCCACUAACCCUGCACCUCCUGAUGGAAAGGGUGGAGCUGAAGUGGUGAAGGAACGUGCUGUGGCUGCCUUACAGUAUGCAGGUGGGUUGGGGCGGCAGUGGGGUCAGAAAUCAGCUCAAACGGCCACUGCCACAGUCAACUACUGGUGGGAGAGGUAUGAGGAGUUUGUCGGGCUCAACGAGGUCCGCAAGGCUCAGACCAAGGUCACUGAGGCUGAGGCAGCAUUCAUGGUGGCCAGAGGGAUAGUGCGUGAGGCUCAUGCCAGCCUGGAAGCCCUUCGGGGCAGGCUGAAGGAGGUCCGAGACCGGCUGGACAGAGUGUCCAGGGAGGAGGCCCACUACCUGGAGUUGGCGACGCUGGAGCACAAACUGCUGCAGGAGGAGCGUCGUCUCCGCACAGCAUAUGAGAAUGCAGAGGGUUCAGAGAGAGAGAAGUUUGCCUUGUUUUCAGCAGCUGUCAGGGAGAGCCAUGAGAAGGAGAGGGCGAGAGCUGAACGCACCAAGAACUGGUCUAUCAUCGGCUCAGUGCUCGGAGCCCUGAUUGGAGUCAUGGGAUCAACACAUAUCAACCGUGUCCGCCUGCAGGAGCUAAAGAGUCUACUGCUGGAGGCCCAGAAAGGCCCAGAGAGCCUGCAGGAAGCCCUCAUAGUCCAGGCUGGGAACCAUCGCUCCCAGCAGGAUGAGCUCCGAACACUCAUCGACAGCCUCAGGUUCACUCUGAGCGAUGUCUUCACACAGAGGGGUGGCACUCUUCAGGACAAGGGAGGUCCAACCGCAGACUCACUCACUGUGCCUCUUUCAGCCUUAAAAGACCUCCACAUCAGCCGACAAAAGACUGAGUCCCUCCUGGAGUCCCUCCCGCCACAACUGGGACAGCUGGAGCAAGGACUCGGUAGAGUUGAGAGUGGAUUGUUGAUGGUUAGGAGGCUGCUGAAAACCAGACCGAAGGCUGGAACACAGACUGGUCAGCUGGAGUCAGCAAAACCAGAAGGAGGAGACUGGGAAUCUGAGGUGGUGGUGAGGCAUCUGGAGGAGAGCCAGAGGACAGUGGGAGAACAAAUCAGGGCGAAUACACUUUAUAAUGCUGUAUUUACCUACACUGCAACCGCCCUCACUAUCUGUGCUGUCUACCUGCUGCUCAGAGGAACUGCUUAGACAUGAUACCUCUGGUCUGAUUCUGUUCACAUGCACUGUGUAAUGCUGUCAGUCACUGGGAGUUAUAAUCUAAAUUAAUUAUGUCAGAACACAACACCAGAGAAAACUAAACUUUUAGCUUUGUUCUCUGAAAGAAUUGGAUUCAUUUUUGGAAGAGUGAACAACCAAAUCAGCACCUGUGACAGUCAAAACAAUUCAGUUCUGGAUAGUGUUGAGAUCAUUUAGCUUGUUUAUUUCAGUGAAACCUGAUGAUGCAAGUGAUGGGUAUGCAGUAUGUGACCAAAUUAGUUCAGUGAGUUUUGAACCUUGGUGACUUGAUUCAGCCUUGUAAUCAUCAGCCCUGACAGCAAGUGGACCAGUUUAACCUCAGAGGGACCACAUCUGUUCACUCCCCACAUCUGGGAUUCAUUUCUAGCCUGUUCUGAGCUAAAGCAACUAACUACUUCAGCAGCAGAUGCACUGCCAGAUGUGUAAGAAGAAUCAACAUGUUUAGAUUUGGCUCAUUGUUGUCACCAGAUAACUGAGAUGAGAAAACUUUGUUUCACAGAUCAUGAAAUUGUCAAACACUCAUCUAUUUAAUAAACAAUUA